AUCGCAGGCUGAGACUCGCGCAACCUUCCCAUCCCAUAUUAAACUCGCCCCACCCCAUCUAGGGUUUGGCCCUCCCAAGAGACCCGCGACCCCCUUAAUCCCUCUCCCAACCCUUAUCUGCAUCCCUCUCCAUGGCCACGGCGGCGGCGGCGAAGCGGAAGCCGGUGUUCGUCAAGGUGGACCAGCUCAAGCCCGUCACCAGCGGCCACACGCUCGUCGCCAAGGUGCUCAGCUCCAAGACCGUCCUCCAGAAGGCCCGCGCCGCUGGCGGCCCCGGCCCGGCCGCCAAGCCCACCAGGAUCGCCGAGUGCCUCAUCGGCGACGAGACCGGCUGCGUCCUCUUCACCGCCCGCAACGACCAGGUUGAUGUUUUGAAGCCUGGCAACACUGUCAUUAUACGCAAUGCAAAGAUUGAUAUGUUCAAAGGGUCAAUGAGGCUUGCUGUUGACAAAUGGGGCCGUGUUGAAGUAACUGAACCAGCAAGCUUCGGUGUAAAGGAGGACAACAAUCUUUCACUUGUGGAGUAUGAACUUGUCAAUGUUGAAGAGUGAAAAUCACAUCCAUCUUAAUCAGAAGUGCUUUCCCAAGCCUGUUGGUCAAAUCUACUUGUUGAGUUGUCUAGAAUGUGAAAGAUGGAUCUUCUGAGUUCAUAUUGGAAUUGUUCGCUCGAACUACCGCAAGUUCCUUCUUAUCAAGCAUUUCUAUCUAUGAGUGAUUGUUAGUUGCUGCAGCAGUUGUGUUUCUGAGAACAAAUGUGAUGUGCUGAGCAGUAAUAUACAAUUUGAUCUCCUAAA